AGCCUACUUCUCCAAGCAACCAGGAACAAGGGCUGCACACGUGAAAAUGCCAAGUGGGACGUGCUGUGUCACGGAUUCACGCGUCGCCCCCAAACUGCAGGCGUGAAGAAGAGCGUGCGACAAACGAAGGGCUGCAGGUCACAUCGGUCUCAAUCGAUCCUCUGAAUGGUACCUCGCACCGGAACAACGCGCUACGCAGAAGUUACGGUGCCUUUACCUUUGUCAUUGUUUUUUUCAUACGUUUCUCUCGGUUCGCUCUGUCGCAAUCAUGUCAGACUUUUUUUCCAAUGCAGACGUUCUCGUAAGUACAUAAGAGCUCGACUUGCUCUAAUACUCGAUUUCCAGCACGACUUUUCUUGUUCCAUCGUUGAGCUCUGGCUCGGUGCCGUCUACUUCACAAUUAACUGAAAAGGAUGUGUCCUCACAAAUUAAAUAGUAUAGUGGCAGAACGGUACUCUAUGUGUCAUAGUUUUUCUUUCUUUAACUUGCAGAUUGUGCUUUCAAGCCGCACCAAAGGACAUAUAGCAGUACUAGCCGCACAGUUUGUGACUUGAAAACGCCAUCUCGCAAGUUAAACAAAAUCGUGGCUGAACGGUAUUUCAUUGCGAAAGCUCUUUUAACUUGAGGAGCAGUGGCUCUCGAACUAAGUUUUCUACUGGCUAUUCCGUCGCUCGUUUGUAUUGUUUAGCGAGAGAGCUGCUGGCUCUCUCAAGUUAAACUUAAACGGUCGCAUAUCGGUGUACUAUAUGUAUUGUACGCACGUGCAUCGCUUUUGUAUAGCUUAUCGUGCACUCGGAUCCGUCUAAUUUUAUGUCACCAAAUCGUCGUCCCGUUGCCACAACGGACGCAGGCCUACAUUUUAGCGCGGGAGCCGCAGCCUUCCAGGUCCUCCAUCGGCAGGAAGCGACCUCUGUCCGCGGUCUCCCGAACUAACGCGUGCGGGCCAGCCUUUCUGUGGUCGCCUAGGGGCCACAAGCCGUCGCUUCCAGGUACAAAUGAAGGAUUUACAGGAUGUCUCCGCGCUCUGUUGCAGGAGGCGGAGCGGACAAGAAUUCCCACAACGAGACACAUAAAAAACAUCACGAGUGCCAUUGGUCCUACGAUGGAGUAGAAGGGCCCAAACCGGACAACUGGGGCGACCUGGUCUUCUGCAUGCCUGGAAGCGUAUGCGCCACGGGCUCCGUUCAGUCGCCCAUCGAGAUACCUUCAGGUCUCACUGAGGACACCGCGAACCUCGAGCUGGAAAACUACCAGAGGGGGUUCGUGAAGUUCGACGUAGACGUGGACGGUCACGCGACCCAGGUGGUCAUCAAGGAAGGCGGGGCGGCUCCCUCUGUGGAAAGCGUAGACGUGCUCGGCCAAGGCAAAUUUGUGCUGCAACAGUUUCAUUUCCACUUCGGGUCCGACGACAGCCAGGGAGCGGAACACAAGAUCGACGACGCUGGGCACGGCUUUCCCAUGGAGAUCCACUUCGUCCACGCCAAGGAAGGCAAAAGCAUGGAUGAGGCCCUCAAGGAGCCCGGCAAUGUACUCGUUCUGGGUGUCCUAUUACAGGUGGAAGACAAACCCGCGGACAAUACGACGGACGCUGCGCUCCAAGUCAUUAUCGACAAGAUUGGCGUCGCCACCGACUCUGCCAAGAAACUGAAGCUCGGCGACAUCGUAGGUCCCAUCACGAGUUACUACAACUACAAAGGCUCCCUCACGACACCGCCCUGCACCGAGGGUCUCGAGUGGAUCGUUCUCGACUCGCACCCUUCGGUGAAGAAGACAACGCUCCAAGCGUUGCGCGACAAGACGCCGAAGGUGCCCAAGAACAACUUUCGUCCCUACUACAAGACUUCCCAGGACCGUCAAGUGAAAAAGUACAUCAUGACAACGCAGUUGGAAUAAAGCUCGAAUUCCCCCCA